AUGGCAGAGGAAUGUGAACUGUGGGGUGCGUCGGAGAUAAUUAAAGACAGGCUGUACUUUUCCACGCUGCACAUCAAACCAAAGACGACAGCCAACACACAUUAUUUCAGCACAGAUGAGGAAUUCAUUUAUGAGAGUUUCUAUGCAGACUUUGGGCCUCUUAACCUGGGCAUGCUGUACAAAUACUGCUGCAAACUCAACAAGAAGCUGAAGUCUUUCACCAUGUAUAGAAAGAAACUGGUCCACUACACCAGUAACGAUCAAAAGAAGAGAGCCUGUGCUGCUGUUCUCAUUGGUGGAUACUCUGUGAUCAUCUAUUUAAAAAGAAGCCCAGAAGAAGCCUACAGAACUCUGAUCUGAAACAACACAGGCUUCCUCCCAUUCAGGGAUGCAGCAGUGGGAGAGUGCUUGUUGGACCUCACAGUUCUCGACUGCUUACAUGGAAUACAUAAGGCAUUUCAACAUGGUUUCUUUGACUUUGAAACUUUCCAGGUCGAUGAAUAUGAACACUAUGAGCGGGUAGAAAAUGGAGAUAUGAACUGGAUUAUCCCAGGGAAAGUGUUGGCGUUCAGCAGCCCUCACCACCGCAGUAAGGUUGAGAACGGUUAUCCUCUCCACGCACCAGAGGCCUACUUUUCCUACUUUCUUCAGAAUAACGUCACAGCCGUGGUCCGCUUGAACAGGAAGAUGUACGAAGGCAAACGGUUUGAAGAUGCAGGUUUUGAGCACCAUGACCUCUUCUUCCUGGACGGGACCACACCAUCUGACAUCAUCGUUAGGCGCUUCCUGCAUGUGUGUGAGAGCACAGAAGGAGCUGUGGCUGUGCACUGUAAAGCAGGCCUGGGCCGUACUGGCACUCUGAUUGGCUGCUACAUGAUGAAGCACUACCGGUUCACUGCAGCCGAGGCCAUCGCUUGGAUCAGAAUUUGCCGGCCUGGAUCCAUCAUUGGUCCCCAGCAGAACUUCUUAGAGGAAAAACAACAUAGUUUGUGGAUCCAAGGUGAUGUCCAUCGCUCCAAACAGAAACUGGUGCAACAGAGACUGAGUCGGCAACAGCAGCUCAAACAGCAGCGUGUGCAGCUGCAAAGUCCUGGUUCUGAGGGGGUCAGACAGGAAGCCAUGUCCCGCCUUCUCUCAAGCAUCGAGGACCUGUCAAUCAACACUUCCCUUUCCAAAACAUACAGCCUGGAUGAAAUUCAUUUGAAGGACAGCAGUCUUACUCAAGGAGACAAACUGAGAACACUGAAGUCCAAACGCCCGCCUCGAUCAGCCUCCUCCUCCUCAAGGUUGAACCUGUCCAUGGCGUCUCACUCCUCCAUUCUGCCACCUCCAAAGUCCCCUAAAAUGCCCCUCCCCUUCACCUUAUCGCCCUCCUCCUCCAAGAAGCUGGUACGAAGCUCCUCCUCGUCCGCCACACAGGUCAAGAGUCCCUUCAGCCUCAGUCUGUUCAGUGCCAGGCCCGCCAUCAUUCCCUGACCUCUUCUCUUCACAAGUUCAGUCGACGGAGUCUAAA